AUAGCACAAUGUUUGAUUUCCAGUUCUGUCUUAGCAGGAAACCCAGCACAGAUCACAGCUCAUUUGUGAAUACAUAGGCUACUGUAUUGCAAGACUGCAAAACAAAUAAUGAAAUCAGGCAGGUAUACUUUAAACACAGUUACUGGAGGCACAACUGAACCUCAAACACAGAGUCUCUGCCAGGAUGAAGGAAAAGCUCGAGUGUGCAGAGGAAGUAGGUGUUUGGUGUUGAUGACAGUGUGUCUCGGGCUCAUUUGUGUUCUUCUGCUGGUCUCCAUCAUACUGCAGCACAUCUCCAUCACAGCAGAGAGAGAAUCUCUGUUCAAGAGUUACAAGAACACAGUUGAAGAGUUAAAUCAGACCAUCAACAGAUUACAGCACAAUUACACUGAUCUAAUGACUGAAAAAGACCAACUGAAGAACAACUUCAACUCUUUGAGUCAGAAGAAAUUGGAGCUGGAGACCAGAGUCAGUAAUCUUACUGCUGAGAAAAGCCAGUUACAGAAAAGCGUUGAUUCUUUGGGUCAGAAGAAGCUGGAAUUAGAAACUAAAACCACGUCUUUAAGUGAAGAGCUAGAGAAGGAAAAAUCUAAAGGAAAUCUGUGUGGUCCUGUUUGUUUGUUCAAAUCCAAUGAGUCGAAGAGCUGGUCUGAGAGCAGGCAGUACUGCAGGGAUCGAGGAGCUGAUCUGGUCAUUAUCAACACUGAAGAGAAGCAGAGGUCCAUAUCUUCAUUCAUCAAGGAGAGAGUGUGGAUUGGUUUGUCUGACAUUGAGAACGAGGGCAACAUGACAUGGGUGGAUAAUUCAACACUGAAACAAGGGUUAUUCAGGUUUUGGUAUGGAGGUGAGCCAAAUAAUGCAGGUGGAGAUGAGGACUGUGUCGAACUGAUGCCUUUAAACACCAUCAAUAACUGGAAUGAUCUCCCAUGCUCUGAAAAGAGAAAAGGGAUUUGUUAUUGCUUUCUUAUCUACAGAGGAAGUAGGUGUUUGGUGAUGUUGACAGUGUGUCUCGGGCUCAUUUGUGCUCUUCUGCUGGUCUCCAUCAUACUGCAGUACAUCUCCAUCACAGCAGAGAGAGAAUCUCUGUUCAAGAGUUACAAGAACACAGCUGAAGAGUUCAAUCAGUCUAUCAACAUCUUACAGGACAAUUACACUGAUCUAAUGACUGAAAAAGACCAACAGAAGAAUAAGACCAGAGACAAUUACACUGAUCUAAUGAUUGAAAAAGACCAACUGCAGGACAUCUUCAACUUUGUGAUUCAGAAGAAACUGGAGCUGGAGAACAGAGUUGAUAAUCUCACUACAGAAAAAAGCCAGUUACAGGGAAACAUUGACUUUUUGAGUCAGAAGAAACUGGAGCUGGAGACCAGAUUUUUUUUUUCCACAUCCAGUGUGUCGAAGAGCUGGUCUGAGAGCAGGCAGUACUGCAGGGAUCAUGGUGGUGAUCUGGCCAUUAUCGACACUGAAGAGAAGCAGAGGCACAUAUCUUCAUUUAUUACGGAGCCUGUGUGGAUUGGUCUGACUGACAUUGAGAACGAGGGCACUUGGAAAUGGGUGGAUAAUUCACCACUGAAUCGAGGGUUUUGGUUCACAGGUGAGCCGAAUAGCUUUCAUGGUACAAACGAGGACUGUGUUGAACUGAUGCCUACAAGAGACAACGUGAACAACUGGAAUGAUCUUUCAUGCACAGACACGAGAAAAUGGGAGGAAGUAGGUGUUUGGUGAUGUUGACAGUGUGUCUUGGGCUCAUUUGUGUUCUUCUGCUGGUCUUCAUCAUACUGCAGCACAUCUCCAUCACAGCAGAGAGAGAAUCUCUGUUCAAGAGUUACAAGAACACAGUUGAAGAGUUCAAUCAGACUAUUUACAUCUUA